AUGCUUGCUCUCCCUUGCAACAGUUGCAUAUGCUCAUCCGGCCCAUUCUCGCGACCUGGCGACCGCGGCCCGCCCUGCAAACGGGGUCGGCCUUGGUGCUCGCCAAAUAGCUUCCGCAGCACAUCGACAUCACGAGACGAGACGCCCGGACCAGUUGCUUCGACGUCAUUAAGCUAUUGUGACUGUGACUGCGUUUGA